AUGGCUCCUGCUAGAGGAAAAGUCGCUUUCGUUACGGGUGCCAACGGUAUUACUGGCAAUGCCAUUAUUGAGCACCUCAUCCGCAAGCCAGAGUCCGAAUGGUCCAAGAUCAUUAUCACAUCCCGACGAGUUCCCAAGCAAAGCCUAUGGCAAGACCACCGAAUCAGGUUCAUUGCUCUCGACUUUUUGAACCCCGUGGAAGAGCUGAUCCAGCGUAUGGCACCUCUGUGCCACGACGUGACUCACGCAUUCUUCACGUCCUACGUUCACACAGCCGACUUUGCCAAGCUGCGCGAUAGCAACAUUCCUUUAUUCCACAACUUUCUAGUCGCCAUAGAUAUCGUUGCAGCAAGUACACUGCAGCGGGUCUGUCUCCAAACCGGCGGAAAGUACUAUGGCCCCCAUCUUGGACCUACCGAAGUCCCUCUGCAUGAAGAGAUGGGCCGCUACGAGGACAAAGGCGAGAACUUUUACUACCCGCAAGAAGAUUUCCUCUCGACUCUAGCAGCCAAGCGCUCUUGGAACUGGAACAUCAUCCGUCCAAAUGCCAUCAUCGGUUAUACGCCCGCAGGAAAUGGUAUGUCUAUGGCGCUCACAUUGGCGAUUUACAUGCUGGUUUGCCGCGAGAUGGGAGUGCCUCCCGUGUUUCCGGGCAACAAGUUCUUCUUCAACCAAUGCGUUGACGAUUCCUCGUACGCCCCCAGCAUCGCUGAUCUGAGUGUAUGGGCCGUCACCGACGAGCACACCAAGAAUGAGGCGUUCAACCACCAGAAUGGUGAUGUUUUUGUCUGGAAGCAGCUCUGGGGCAGGCUUGGACGAUACUUUGGCAUUGAGGUCCCAGAGUUCACCGAGUGGGCAGCCGAGGGAGACCAACAGCGCAUGGCGAACAAUUUCCUCAUGACUGAGUGGCACAAGGACAAGAAGCAAGUAUGGGAGAGAGUAGUAGCCAAGUACGGCGGUCAACUCGAAGCUUUCGAGUGGGGCACCUGGGACUUCUUCGACUGGGCCGUUGGAAAGGCUUGGUUGACCAUUGGCAGCGUAGGCAAAGCGCGCAAGUUUGGCUGGAAGCGCUACGACGAUACUUAUGACACGUACGUCGAGACUUUCCGCGCCUUUGAGAACGCGGGUGUUCUGCCGUAUGCGGAUGUCUUGCGAGCUGAGAACAAGGGUCAGGCUACGCAGGCCAGCCUUGCUCCUCAUCCUUAUGAUGCUGUCACUCUGAUGAAGGCAAAGGUUAAGAAGGAGCAGAAUGGCGUUGCGACUAAUGGUGUCAACCACGAUGGGUUGAAGAAUGGGGUCCAGAACGGGCAUAUUGAGAAUGAGGAUCUGGCAGUGAAGGUUUAA